AGGUUUUACUUGUCCUUACUUCACUUAACUUGCAUGGAUGAUGCAACUAUACUCUGUCCCGAGUUUUUGCUUCCACCACUUUUUGCUUGAUAUUUCAAUAAUAGUAAAUACCUUUGUGCUCAAACUACGCUCAUCCACUAAUAUAAAAAUGUCCAGAUUAUCUGUUUUGAAACGCCCCCUCUACCGCUUCAGGUUUCAAUACACAUCCCAAAAUUGAAAGUCUACGGAGAUUUUGCACAAGCAUCAGCCAUUUAUAAGCCCGGAUGAUAAUGUUAAAAAAUUGCGCGAUGUAUUCCGAGUGUAUUCUGAAUGGAGAAAAGAUGUAACAUUUCCCAUUACAAAUCUCUGUAAGAAAAUUGUUUUCGUUCCUGUGAAAUUUUAUGAGUGAAAAGGGAUAAUUGUUCAAUGAAGAUAUCUUGGAUAUAUUCCCUUUCAUCGAUUUCAAUUGUAUUUCUUUCACAGGUAUGUGUAUUUUUUAUUAAAAAUCAUCAAAAAUUGAUGAAAGCAAUAACUUGGGACAGACUAUAGAUAUACUUAUGAACUUAACAGACUUAAAUGCUGAAUCUAGGCGAUUAAAUUCAGAUGCUGGAAGACAUUAAGGUUUUAGGAGCAAUUUAACAUUUUUGGAGCCAAUGCUCUUUGAUGGCCAUAUCUAAGUUAUAAUUAGUUUUAUCCUAUCCAAACUUGGAUAAAUGGCGCUUUAAUACUGAUGCACUUGAUGGGUUUGGAUGCUGAAUUUGAGCCGUAGGUUUUGUAUGCUAGAGGAGCUUAAGGUUUUGGGAGCAGGUUAAGGUUCUUGGAGCAGAUGCCCUUUGAUUUCCAUAUCCAAGUUUUUAACAAUUCUAUCUUUACCAAACUUGGAUGGAAGAUGCAUCUUGUGAUCCAAAUGCACUUGACCGGCUUGGAAUCUAAGCCAUAGGUUUUUGAUGCUGAAGGAGUUUGAGGUAUUAGGAGCAGGUUAAGGUAUUUGGAGCAGUCAUUCUCUGAUGUCCAUAUCUAAGUUCUUAUUGGUUCUAUCUUAACAAAAUUUGCAUGGAUGAUGCAUCUUGUGAUACUGAUACUCUUGCUGGGCUAGGAUGCUGAAUCUGAGUCAUAGGUUUUGGAUGCUGGAGGAGUUUAAGAUUUUGGAGCAGGUAAAGGUUUUUGGAGUAGGUGCCCUUUGAUGUCCAUAUAUAGGUUUUUAUUGGUUCUAUCUUAACAAAGCUUGGAUUGAUGAUGCAUCUUGUGAUACUGAAAUACUUGACGGGCUUGGAUGCUGAAUCUGAGCCAUCGGUUUUAAGGAGCAGGUCACAUGUGUAGGUAAUUAAUGGUCCAUACUUACGUAAGUGACACUACCCCUUGCUUCCUUCAAAGGGUAGCUAGGUAAUUUGUAACUGAUCUAUUAAUUUCCACUACUUGUGAAAAUUACGGUAUAUAUAUUAAACCACUCCUUACUUAAAAUAUUCUGUAAUUAAAAAAAACAUAAUAUGCUCAAAAGUUUUUUAACGUGAAAAUCCCCACUUAAUAACCACACAGCUAAGUUCUGUAUUGUUUAAAUUAAAGUAAUGUAGCAUGAAAUACAAAUGAAAUCAUGUAAGACUAUCCUUCCAUGUAAUAAAUAUAAUCUUCCGGCUACUACAGUUUUAGAACCAAAAUGACCAGAACAAAAAAUUCUGGAUUUUUAAAAACUUUCAAUCUCUCAAACUCUUGAUCUCUCAAAGUUUAAUCAUGGUCCCCUGAAGUUCGAGUUAUCGAGAUUCACCUGUAUAAUUAUAUAAACAUAUUAAUCGAUUCCAAAGACACAUCAUGUUCAUUUCAAGAUGGCAUUUAGAGAUUAACCAUCCACUUUCCCUUUGAACUGCUAACAGCAGAGUACACCAAGAAAAUAUCAAUAAUUUCUAAUUAUCUGUAGUUGGUGAUUUUUAAAACAUAGAUUGACACCCCUAUGUUGUGUAUAAUCUUGCAGCUUGUGUCAAAAUGUGCAUUGAAUGGUGGGUUAGAUAAGUGCCCCUGCUUGUCAUUCUGAAAACAGUUGCAGUUUUCCCCCCAAAACUAUACAUUCUUGUCCUUGUCAAAAUACAUUAAAUGACUAAUUGAAUAAGUAUACCUGCAGGGAUACAACACUCAACGAAACCUGCAAGUAUACAAUGCUUAAUGAAAAUUGUUCUGAUAUUAACCCAUUUACCAUAUAAUCUUCUUGCUGCUCAUGUCAGGAUGCACUGAGUAUACUGUAGAAUCAUUAGAAUUCGUGGUGGCUUAAUUUUCGUGGUAUUCGUGGGUAUCCCUCACCUAUGAAUUUAAAUCCUCAAGGAAAACAAUUUUAGAUAGAGUUAUCUUUGUUACUGAAACAGUAACCGACGCAUCCACGAAAUUACAUCCCCACAAAUGAGCAAAAAAGUCACACUCCACGAAAAUUGGCCGCCACGAAUUUAAGUGAUUCCACAGUAAUAAAAUGUCAGGCAAGUGUCCCAAGGUUGCAGUACACUCAGGUGACAAAUAAGGCGCAUGGGCCUUCUGUUUAUGGUGAUCUGGUGCAAUAUUUGAAUUAUGUAAAAUGUGAAUUAAAUGUUUUUAAAUGAUUUUAUUGAAAGAAGCACAGGAAGAAAAUUGACCCUAUGUUUUAGUUAUUUUUUAAUAAAUAUUUAUCUAUAAAUCAAAAUUCUAAUCCUUUAUUCUAAAUUCUAAUCAGUUACUCUGAAAAAAAAAAUGAGAAAAGCCUAAUAGCUAGGUUAAUCAAAAGUAUGUCAUUCACACUGGCAGAUUUCUGUGACCCUGUUAAAUCAUAACAUAUAAACUGGUACAAAUACAUGUACCUGUACACCUAAAAUGUUAACAUCUAAACAUUUUUCUAGGUACACAUUUUUGGAAUAGGUUUUAGAUGAAAAUUCAAAAUGUUUGACCAUUCAAAGGAAUUAAGAGGAGUCCAUUCAAGUAUAAAUAAUGAACACUUUUAUCUUGCACUUGUCCAAGUUUGUUUAUUGAAGACAGGUUAAAAGUGCGUAAAUGUGUGGACUUUGAACAAGUGGUACCUGAAAAUGGAUUGUUUCAAGGUUAUAACAAUCCACACCGCAGACAGCUUGUUGUCUAGUUAUUAUCCGGUUGACUGAACACAUUGCAUCUGUCUACUUUGGAAAUAGCACGUACAGAGUAAAAUGGGUGUUAGAGUAAGACAUUCCAUAAGAAGACUGUGGCCAUUUAGUCAAGGGGCCGUAACUCUGUCAAGACAUGAAUCUGUACAACAAGCACCAAGAAGAUGGAAGUCUGUGAUAGAAUCUGUACAAAGGCAGAAAGAAAUGAUACAAACCAAUGGAAGUGCUAAUUAUUGGAGAGGAUAUUGUACACAAUCAACUUCCUGUGUAACGAAUAGGAAAUUGAAAGUUGUUACAAGUGAAGAUGCCCGCCAGGUGACAAUUGUUUGGAAAGAUGGCGUAGAGUCCAUAUUUCACAGCAUUUGGAUGAGAAACAACUGUCAUUGUUCUGAAUGCAAGCAGGAUCAUUCGGGUCAAAAGUUAAUCAAUGUUGGCAAGAUCAAAUUCAACACAACUGUGAGGAAAGCCUCAGACACCGAUGAUGGUAAGCUGAUCAUCCAAUGGUCGGAUGGACAUAAUGGCGUUAUUCCUCUGGACUUUCUGUAUGAACACACCUACUCAGACCUGACCAAUGACUUUAGGCCUUCCUCCACAUUUGAUCAACCAAAGAAAUACCCUACAUUAGAUUUUUCCCAAGUUUCCUCAGGAGAACAAGGAGUUCUACAGUGGCUUAGAGAUCUUAAUGAGUUUGGGUUUUGUGUGCUGAAAAACGUGCCCCAAGAAGAUGGAAUGGUUCAAAAGGCGGCUGAGCUCAUUGCACCAGUUCAACAAACAAUAUAUGGCGUUCAGUUUGACGUGGUCAGUACCCCCAGUCCCAUCAAUGUGGCCUACUCCCCCGUGGGCCUUGAUUUUCACAUGGAUCUCAUUUACUAUGAAUCUGCCCCUGGACUGCAGCUUUUGCACUGUUUGAAGUUUGAUGAGUGUGUUGAAGGAGGGGAGAGCACCCUGUUAGAUCUCUUUUAUGUAGCAGAGGUGUUCAGAAAAUCCAAUCCACAGGAAUUUCAUGUUCUCACUCAAAUACCAACCACAUUCCAGAAAAUCCACUACCAAAGGGAGAAUCCAGUUCACAUGAUAUAUCAGAAGCCAAUUAUUUCCCUCAAUCAUAGGAAAGAGAUUACAAGCAUAAGUUGGGCACCAUCAUUUGAAGGCCCCUUGUCUGUACGACCAGAGGAUGUUGAACCAUACUACAAAGCAUAUCAUAUUUUUGCUGAGGCAAUAAAAAAUUCAGCCGCAAAGCUGGAAUUCAAAAUGGUGCCAGGUGAUUUACUUUCCUUCAACAACAGGAGAGUUCUUCAUGGGAGAAAUGCAUUUACACUCAAUGGAGGAAUUAGACACUUACAGGGAUGCUAUGUAAACAUUGAUGAAUAUAAGAGCAAGCUUUGUUACCUGUCUAACCACCUGAAUGACAAACGACCGAUCAAGCAUGUUGGGAAUCAGUGCUGGAUGUGAAUACCAUGUGCAAAUCUAUAGGGGGGUCAGGGACUUCCCCUGGAAAAUUCAAACUUCUUUAAUUUACAUAGUUAGGUUACUCAAAAUAGGCAUAAUACCACCCUGCAUGUAUUUGGAGGGAGUUAUGCCCCUUUUGAUCUUAGAAGAUUUUCUUCUGUUAGUACUAUUGUUGGUGCAAUCUCAACUGAAACUGGUCAAAAGAACUUCAUAAAACUUUAUAUUUAAUUAGGACAUUCGCUUUACAUGUGAAUUUUUGUGGGAAAUUCUGAUUCCUUUUUUGGGGAGAGGGAAUAUGUCCUAUUUUUAUGUGAUUAUUUAUUUUUUAAGCAUGCAUCACCAUUCAAAAUGUGUUGGAUUGAAUUUUAAUGGAAUGAAACUAAAUGGGCCAAACUUUCCAUGAUGGCAAAAUCUGCAGUACUGUCAUUUUUAGCUCACCUGAAUUAAAGGCUCAAGUGAGCUUUUCUGAUCAAAAUUUGUAUGUCAUCUUUUUGUUGUAAACUUUUCUUCUUCUCCAAACCUCUGAGCCAAUUUCAACCAGAUUUGGGUGAAGGGAAUUUCAAAUUUUAUUUUUCAGAUGAAAAGCUACACCCUCUUUAAUGGGAAGAUAAUUUAGAAAUAUUAAAAAUUGUUGGUACUGGUAUUUUUCAAAAAUUUUCUAGAAAAAACAUUUGGCCAGAAACUCUGAAACUUGUAUGGAAGAACCGUCAGGUAGCAUAGAAAAUCAGGAUCCAUGUGGGUAGGGAAGGUGCACAGUGUGUGUAUGUGUGUGGUUUUUUUUGGGGGGGGGGGGGGGUUAAAUAAUUGCAUAGGGAUACAAUGUAUAUAGAGAAAAAUCUUGUUAUUAAAAAACUUUUUUGCUGGAAAAUCUGUAACUUUUGUUAAAACAUCCUCAGGUAGUGCAGAUUCAAGUUCGAUUAAAUUGUGAUCCCUGAAGGUAGGGUUUGGCCACAAUUGUGGGUUGGGAGGGUAUUUUUAUGUAGGGAAAAAUAGGGAGAAAUCUUUAAAAAUCUCAUUGUCAACAUUUUUUUAUUUGAUACUCUAAAGAUGGCCUCAAGUUUUUCAUAUCAGUUAAUGUUGCUCAUGUGACUGAUGUGGCCCCUGGGCCUCUUGUUUGUUUUUGAGUGCUAUUAUUUUGUUCAUUGAUUAUAUUGCUUUGUACAGUAAUACAUAGUUACUGUGUUAACACUGGUACAUGUAAUAAGUAUUUAAUGGUUUUAAUACUUUAAUUCGGUUUAGUUUAUGUGUGGGUGUGACACCUAGUACAAUGUUUGGUUAUCUAUACAAGGAAUAAUUUUUCUGUUGUUUUUUUUCUAUACAAGGUAUAGUUGAUACAUUUAAACCUUAUAGAUGCUUUACCUCUACAUAGCUAACUAGUCCAAACUGUCAAAAGGUAACAUUUUGUAUUUUAGUAGAAUUUUAUUAUGAUAUUUGUUGGUCUCAGCUGUUUUAUUAAUACUGUUAGCUAUAAUUAAGUGUUAUUGUGCUUUGUCAAAAUAAAAUUUAUUUUGAAUUA